CCGGGUUUAAUCCCGUUCGGGUCCGAUCCGAUUUGGGUCUGGUCCCGUUCGGGUCCGGUCUGACCCGGGUCUGAUCCUGUUGGGGUCCGAUCCCGCUCGGCUCCGGUCCCUCCGACCCUGUCCCUCCCGGCGUCGCGAUGAGCGCGGAUCUGGACGGGGUGUCGGUGCUCUCCUCCUCCUCCUCGUCGGGCUCGCUGGGUUCGACCCCGGCCCCUCGCCCGCUCUCCGCCAACGUGCGGCGGCUGCACCAGGCGCUGACGGCUCUGCUGAGCGAGGCGGAGCGGGAGCGCUUCAUCCUCUGCCUCAACGCCUACCACGGCCGCCGCAACGUCUGCGACCUCGUUCGCUCCCUCCGCGCCCUCCUCGACGGUCCCCGCCGCCGGCAGCUCCUGCCGCUGCUCCGCCUCGUCCUGCCGCGCUCCGACCAGCUCCUCUUCGACCAGUACACGGCCGAGGGGCCCUACCUGCCGCCCCCCGCGCCCCCGGUGCUGCCCGGCGAGCUGCGGCAGGUCACCCUGCGGCGGAGCAAGGCUCACGAGGGGCUGGGCUUCAGCAUCCGCGGCGGAGCCGAGCACGGAGUCGGGAUCUACGUGUCCCUGGUGGAACCGGGCUCGCUGGCUGAGCGAGAGGGGCUGCGAGUCGGGGACCAGAUCCUGGGGGUCAACGGCAAGUCCUUGGACAGGGUGACGCACGCUGAAGCUGUCAAGGUACUGAAAGGCUGCAAGAAGCUCAACCUGUCUGUCCACUCGGUGGGACGCAUCCCAGGGGGCUAUGUCACCAACCACAUCUACACCUGGGUAGACCCGCAGGGCCGGAGCGUGUCCCCACCAACGGGCCUGCCACACCACCAGAACAGCUCUCUCCGCAAGGACAGCGAGAAGAGGAGUCACCUCCAGCUCCUGCAAGAGGGAGAUGAGAAAAAGGUGAAUCUGGUCCUGAAUGAAGGGAAAUCCCUGGGUCUUAUGAUUCGAGGAGGGGCAGAAUAUUCCUUGGGCAUUUAUAUCACCGGUGUGGAUAAAGGCUCUGAAGCAGAAAGCACUGGCUUAAAGGUAGGAGACCAAAUCCUGGAGGUUAACGGCAGGAGCUUCCUCAGCAUCCCCCACGACGAGGCAGUGAAGCUGCUCAAGUCUUCCCGACACCUCAUCAUGACGGUGAAAGACAUCGGGAGACUGCCCCACGCCCGCACCACCGUGGAUGAGACCAGGUGGAUAGCAAGCUCCCAGAUCGGAGAGACCUUUGUCAACUCAGCAGGGGCAGUGGGCAACCAUGCUGCGGAGGCGACGGCCAGGCCUGUGUUUUACCGGGGCCUGGCUGGCUCCCAGGUCACGCUCAGCACCAUGGUGAACCAGACCCGAGUGAUGCUGGAGGAACAAGCACGGCACCUGCUGAACGAACAGGAGCGAGCGACCAUGGGGUACUAUCUCGAUGAGUAUAAGGAAGGCAACAUCUCCGUGGAUGCUCUGGUCAUGGCGCUCUUCGAGCUGCUCAACACACACGCUAAGUUCUCACUGCUUUCAGAGGUGCGGGGUGUGAUCUCCCCGCAAGACCUCGACCGCUUCGACAACCUGGUGCUGAAGAGAGAGAUUGAGUCCAUGAAGGCUCGGCAGCCCUCAGGGCCCAGCAUUGGCACCGAUUCCUACUCCAUGAUGUCCUACAGCGACACCGUCUCUUCCUCAAGCAGCCACUUCACUGCCACAACCGUCAGCUCUGCCCGGGAGCGACUCUUGUGGCUAAUAGACCUGAUGGAGAACACGUCGGAGUUGGAGGGAAGUGGAGACGGCCACCAAAGUAGCAUCAACACCCUGCCGGACAUCUCCCUGGAUGAUCUCUCCUCCUUCCCAGAUGAACCACCCAACUUCAAGCCUCCACCUCCUCCUUCAGCCCCUCAGAUGCUGGACCCCUCUUCUGCCCAGCACAGGAACCCAGUAAAAGAUAAAUCUAAGCGCCCUUCGUCCGAGUCCUCUCAGUCAGGCCUCUUCUUCGUGGCCCCCCGAAACCCCACACCCCCUCCUAGCCACUCCGACAAGGACACAGUCAGCGUGACCUCCACCGCUACCACCUCCACCGAAGAAGCUGCCCCAAGUGCUAUCUAUGCUACCAUUUCCCCAGCCCUGCGCGGCUCCAGGAGGCAAAUGGAUGCCCAGCUCUCCUUGGUCAACCAGCAUCCCAUCGGUCCCUUCCCCAGGGUCCAGUCCCCAACGAGGUUGAAGAGCCCAGUCCCGGAGGGUCCCACGGCCAGUGGGCUCCAGAGUCCCCCUUCCCCCUCCCCUCCUCCUCCGCCAUCCCACCCGGCACCCCCUCCACCAGACAAGGGCAGCCCCCAGGCCGUGGCCAACCAGCAUUUCAUCAUGGUGGAGGUGCACCAACCCAACAGCGAGCCCGACGUCAAUGAAGUGAGGCCAUUGCCCCAGGCUAGAGCCUCCACGCUCUCCCAGCUGUCGGACAGCGGGCAGACCCUCAGCGAGGACAGCGGGGUGGACAUCGGGGAGGUCGAGAUGAGCGGCAAGGACAAGAGCCGGCAGCCUGUCCUUGGGAAAAGCCGAAGCCUCAAGGAGGCCACAAGGAGCGAGGAGGCAGCAGAAGGGGCCUCCAAGCCGCCAGGGCUCCUGGAACCCACAUCGUGUCUGAUCCGAGUGUCCAAGAGCGCACCAACCCUGGGAAUCGCCAUCGAGGGGGGAGCAAACACACGGCAGCCGCUGCCCCGCAUCGUCACAAUCCAGCGCGGGGGCUCGGCACACAACUGCGGGAAGCUGAAGGUGGGCCACGUCAUUUUGGAAGUGAACGGCACAGGGCUGCGAGGAAAAGAGCAUCGGGAAGCAGCUCGGAUCAUCGCGGAAGCCUUUAAGCUGAAGGAAAAGGACUACAUUGAUUUCUUGGUCACAGAAUUCAACGUCGCCCUUUAGGAACCCGAAUGGGUUUGGGGAGAAUGGCUUGGGAUGGAGAGCAUCCGAACGGGGAUAAAAGGCAGCGCUGAGAUGGGAAAGCAGCAUCCACCACGCAGAGCCCUCGCCCGCUGCGCCACCCCGCACUUGCAGACACCCCCAUCUUGUCCCUAAAUGUCCCCUUGCCCACCGCAGACUCUCACUGCCUGGGUAGGGCAGGCUGAGAACGGGCAGAAAUCAGUGCACAUCCCUCGAAGUCUUCAUCUUUGUCCUCUCUGGGAGGUGUGGGGGGGGGUGCUGCCCUUUGGAAUCGCCCUCUCCCCCUUGGCCAGGCUGGGAGAAGGUCUGGGUGUCCCCACUGUCACUUGAGUGCCACACGCAGAGCACGGUUGGCCCGUGGCUCAGGCUGGAGGGGUUUGGGGCGGUGGGUGCUCGCCCCCGCGCCCAGGCGGGCAGCACGGGCCACGGUCGGGGAUGCAGAGGGAGCAACCGGAGGCCUUGUACAUUGCUGGCAACAUCGUCAUAUUUAUAUAUACAGAGCUUGUGCUUUUAAUUUUUCAAUAAAU